AUGGGUUUUUUCGUCGUUGCAGCUAUUAUAGGAGGUUCAGGUUUUAUUGCUUGGUUGCUUGGUAAAAAUAGAGACACAGAUACAAGCUAAGAAUUUGUUUAGAAAUAUAUGAUGGUUGAGGAUAAAUACAUUAUUGAGAAUUAGUCUAUGCUAGAAUUUAACAAUGACUUAAACGAGAGUCAAGUGUAAAAUAUGAGAAGAAGAGCUAACAAAUCUUAUAAACAGCUGUCCUAGAAAAUACUAAAAGAGCUUAAAGAUUUCAAAAGGCCAUUCCCAACUGAAUUGAGGCAUGUACCACAGUAAUAAAUGAAAGCGUUGGUUGAUAUUCUACUUAAUAAUUACAAGAUAUAUAGAACUGAGUUCAAAACUGAGAUCCUGGAAAACAGAAUUGAACUUUUACGCAAAAAGAUGAUCGGACAAUAUAUUUUCUAAAAACUUCAAGAUCUAAAAGAUUGCCAACUAAUAUUCCAAGAUGUAUUUGAGGCAGUCUGUGAUGAACUCCAAAUCAAUUCAAAUGACUUUUAUACAAUGAUAAAUCAGUUUAUAAUGAGAUCUCAGUAUGGAGUAAGCACUAUUGAGGAAUUAGUAAUUGGAAUAAAACCUGAUAAAAUCCCACCUCAUAAAAGACUCAUGAGAGUUGAAGCAGUUAAGAAUAUGCUGUAUGUCUUAAGUGAAAUGCGAAUCAUAAUUGAGGAGUAUAAAGAAUUGCAGAUUUUUGUUAGAGAAUCAGAACCUGAGGAUCUGCAGGAAGUUAUAGAUGGUCUUUAAUUUGAUCUAUUCUACAUGUAUUAUGGAUUGAGAGAGGAUUAGCAGAGAAGGCUCAUUGAUGUUCAUGACAUCAAUACUGAUAACAGUGUAUAGUAAAAGUAUGAGGAGUUUUAUGAAAUCAUGAAGUUCUUCAAAAAUAUCCCUGAAAGUUCUGAGGCGAAGAUAGACCAGCCUGAUAUAAUGAGCUUUUCCACUCCAAAUAUGCCAAAUAUGUAAUGA